AGGAGACGACCAGCCGCGUCCGCACACCGCAGGUUCGGGAGUACUCCGGAAUCCGCCGCCGCAUCUACCCGACGCCACGACUGACGACGGGGAGCCCCGGGCCUCCAGUUCUCCACCGCCGCUUCGGCGCCCCAUAAAAGCGGAGCAAGAGCCAGCUUGCUGAGAGAACCCUACCGAUCUCGCCUGAAGCAAUCGCCUUUUGCCGUUCGUCCCUCAUCGUCGUGCGCAGCAGCAGCAGCAGCGGAACGGAGAUGGCCAAGGACGGGGGCCCCGACUGGAACGGCCUGCUCAAGUGGAGCCUCGCCCACGGCGACGGCACCAACCCGCCGCGCGCUCUUAGCGAGGAAGACAGAAAAUGGUUCAUGGAGGCCAUGCAAGCCAACACAGUAGAUGUUGUCCAGAGGAUGAAGGAGAUCACUCAGGUGAUGAAAACUCCAGAAGAUAUCUUGGAGUCUCAGGGUGUGACCCCAGAGAACAUUGAAGAUAUGUUGGAUGAGCUACAAGAGCAUGUGGAAUCCAUUGACAUGGCAAAUGAUCUACAUUCUAUUGGUGGGUUGGAUCCUCUACUUGGUUACUUGAAAAAUUCACAUGCUGGCAUCCGAGCAAAGGCAGCAGAAGUUGUGAGUACAAUUGUGCAGAACAAUCCCAAGAGUCAGCAACUUGUCAUGGAAUCCAAUGGACUAGAGCCCCUCCUGACAAACUUCAAAUCAGAUCCAAGUACAAAUGCACGAACGAAAGCUUUAGGAGCCAUAUCCUCUCUUAUUCGUCAUAACCAGCCUGGAACAUCUGCAUUUCGCCUGGGAAAUGGCUAUGCUGGAUUGAAGGAUGCUCUUGGUUCUGAUGAUGCCAGACUUCAGAGGAAAGCUCUCAAUCUCAUACAAUACCUGCUGCAAAACAACAAGGCAGACAGGAGCGUAGCUACAGAUCUUGGUCUUCCGAAGCUGAUGAUGCACCUUGCGUCCAAUGACGAUUCCUUAGUGCGUGAAGCUGCAUUAAGCGGUCUCCUUGAGUUGGCGCAGGACAAGACAUCUGGAAAUGCUCUACCCGACCAAGACAAGCUGAAAGACAUCCUCAAGAGCCGAAUCGAAGAGAUCAGCUUGAUGGAUGCCGACGAUCUCCAUGCCGCUCGUGAGGAGCGGCAGCUGGUGGACAAGCUCUGGAAGGAAUGCUACAAUGAGCCCUCGUCCCUCAGGGAGAAGGGUCUCGUGGUGCUCCCUGGAGAGGACGCACCCCAACAACCCCCACCAGAUGUCGCAGGGAAGAUGUUUGAGCCGCCGCUUCGCGCAUGGGCAGCUGCAAGACCUUCUCCGAAAGAUGAUUCUGAUUCCGGCAGCGAGAAGAAGGAUGUACCGCCGUUGCUGCUUGGCCCUGGGCCGUCUUCCAACAGCAAUUCUUAGAUUCAGUCACGUUUGUGAAAGGCUGAAAUAGCAGACCUGAUGGAAGUCUUUGACUUUUUGCCUGUGCAAACUCCUGUGGUCGUAUUCUGAUGAUGUGCUCUGCAUUUUGUUUCGGAGUUUGCUUUGUGCAGAUGUUAAUGUACUUGUACUCUGUGAUGCUAUUAAGUUAAUGCUACUUAUGAAUUCUCUUUGCACGAAGGUUUAA